CGGAUUCAUUCCGGCGGAUCGGGUUUCCCGGGAGGCUCCGCUUCUUCCGCUUUCGCGGAGAACUCCGCAACCCCGGGCGUGGAUCGAAGUUUCAGAGCUGCGGGGCGUUUAUUCUUUCUGCUGCAAAGGCGUUGUCGCAGCGGGCCAGGCCCCAGCGCGCCCCCCAUGGCGGGGCAGCGGGUGGAGGUCGACGGCGGGAUCUUGGAAGGGGGCGGCCAGAUCCUCAGGGUCUCCACCGCCCUCAGCUGUGUCCUGGGCCUCCCUUUGCGGGUGCAUAAGAUCCGGGCGGGCCGCAGCACGCCAGGCCUGAGGCCUCAACAUUUAUCUGGACUGGAAAUGAUUCGAGAUUUGUGUGAUGGGCAGCUGGAGGGGGCAGCAAUUGGUUCAACUGAAGUAACCUUCACACCAGAGAAGAUCAAAGGUGGAAUCCACACAGCAGAUACCAAGACAGCAGGGAGUGUGUGCCUCUUGAUGCAGGUUUCAAUGCCAUGUGUUCUGUUUGCUGCUUCUCCAUCAGAACUUCAUUUGAAAGGUGGAACUAAUGCUGAAAUGGCACCACAAAUCGACUACACAGUGAUGGUCUUCAAGCCAAUUGUUGAAAAAUUUGGUUUUAAUUUUAAUUGUGACAUCAAAAUGAGGGGCUAUUAUCCAAAAGGUGGUGGUGAAGUAAUUGUUCGGAUGUCACCAGUUACACAAUUGAACCCAAUAAAUUUGACUGAUCGUGGCUCUGUGACUAAGAUAUAUGGAAGAGCUUUUGUUGCUGGUGUUCUGCCAUUUAAAGUAGCAAAAGAUAUGGCAGCAGCAGCUGUGAGAUGCAUCAGAAAGGAGAUCAGAGAUCUAUAUGUUAACAUCCAGCCUGUUCAGGAACCCAAAGACCAAGCAUUUGGCAAUGGAAAUGGAAUAAUAAUUAUUGCUGAGACAUCCACAGGCUGUUUGUUUGCUGGAUCAUCGCUUGGGAAACGAGGUGUAAAUGCAGACAAGGUUGGAAUUGAUGCUGCUGAAAUGCUGUUAGCUAAUCUUAGACAUGGUGGAACUGUGGAUGAGUUUCUGCAAGACCAGCUGAUUAUUUUCAUGGCAUUAGCCAAUGGAGUUUCCAGAAUAAAAACAGGACCGGUUACACUCCAUACACAAACUGCUAUACAUUUUGCUGAACAACUAGCAAAGGCUAAAUUUACUGUGAAGAAAUCAGAAGAUGAAGAAGAUUCCUCUAAAGACACUUAUAUUAUUGAAUGCCAAGGAAUUGGGAUGAGAAAUCCAAAUCUAUAGGGUAUUUACCUCUUAAAUGAUACCUCAGUGAUGUAUCGCACUAACUUAUUUUAUGUAUACUACAAAACAGCGAAUGUUAUUAAAGGGCCUGACUAAAUUUGGAUAUGAAAUAUGUUCUAGAUUUACUGAGAAUGCUUCAUCAAAUUAAUCUUACUUUAAAUAUCUCCUGAGAUAUGGGCAAUAAAAUGUAAAAAUUGAUGGAUAUGUAUGAUAGUCAAUUUCAACAUUAAAUUAUUAAAAUAUUCUUUAUACCUGAA